UUCGGACUUUAUAAAAAAAGCCGAAAACGCGAUCUCUUGUCGGUGACUUUUUGGAUCGGUCACAUUCAGUAAAGCCCUAAAACAACGUUUACCGUUCAGACAAUUAAAGGAAACAUGCCUAGCGUGUAUGGCGUCGACCAUCGAACAUUGGCUGUAGGGACGAUAGCCCUAACAACAGGUGUCGCAGCGUUCUCAACUUAUAAAUGGCUGUCGGAGAGAAGAAGGCGUGCCGCCGACAACGUGUACGAAUCAGAAAAACUAUUAAACGAAUAUUUGGUGUUCCACUACGGAUCCCAGAAGGAAGUGUUGCGUUAUGACUUUGGUCCAGUUGACGCUCUUGACUUCCCCAUACGAUGUGCGGAUGUCUGUAUUAAACACACGAAUGGAUUGGAGUCCAGGAUCCCUUCUAGAGCAUUAGAUAUUGGGUGUGCUGUGGGCAGAUCAAGCUUUGAGCUGGCCAGGAAGUUUCAGGAAGUGAUUGGAAUAGACUACAGCCAGUCAUUUGUGGAUGCCUGUAUCUACAUGAAGGAUCUCAAGGAAAGAGUUUACUUUGUUCAAGAUGAAGGACAGCUUUCCACACCUCAUAUGGCUAAAGUAGCCGAUGAUAUUGACCGAUCCAGGACCAGCUUCCAGCAGGGCGAUGCCUGUAACCUUCCAACUGACCUUGGCCAGUUUGGAUGUGUGCUUGCUGCCAACUUGAUAUGUCGUCUUCAUCAACCUUUCAACUUCCUGCGUAGACUGAAGGAGCUGGUGGCACCUGGAGGAAUCUUAGUUAUUACUUCCCCUUAUAGCUGGUUGCAGGAGUUUACGGACAAGAGUCUGUGGUUGGGUGGCUAUAAGGACAAAGAUGAUAAUCCAGUCACAGGAUUCGAGACCCUCAAAAAAGAACUUGGACCCAACUUUGACCUGGUGGAGGCCAUGAACAUGCCGUUCUUUAUUAGGGAAACUGCUCGCAAAAACCAAUGGACUGUGGCUCAUUGUACGGUUUGGACGAGGAAAGCGAACUAGUCAGUCAAUCUCGUAAUAAUCAAAUAUGACAGAAAGAAAUGAUGUCUGUUGACGCUGAUGUUACAACCUUUUAGAUGUAAAUUUCCAAACGGCCAAUCCCAACAUAUCAUUAUCCCACAUGUGGUUUAGUCAUGAAGAUGAUGCAAUAUAUUUUGUUACUUAUAAGUCCCUCCAAUGAUGAUAUAUAUGAUCGUAAUUAAGAAAUGUUGUAUGCACAUAGGAUUUUCCAAUAAUUUAAUAUGACGGUGUUAUUUUGAUUGUGGUAGCAAUUUUGUUUUUGCAACAAAUGCACCAAAUUAUAACACUAACUUUGAGCGUCCUUAAAAACUUAUUCCUGCUGGUUUCGGGUAUUUUAAAGCCUGUUGAGUAAAAACAUGCUUUUCUUGGCAGUUUUUAAUUAGACAUGCUAAAUUAACUUAGUGUAAAACUGAGAAAAACUAUUAUGGCACUAAUCUUUUGAAUUUUAAUGAUAACAGUUUGUAUAUUUCAAAACAUAUGCACGGUAGUGGAAUUUUGGCAAAGAUCUACGGAACAUGAGUUAUACAUUUUAGAUGGUUGUAUUGGCACUGAUCUCAAGAUAUAGGAGAGUUAUACUGUAGUGUUUAUAAUCAGAAAAAAUCAUUAUUGUGUGCAAAAUGAAAGAGAAAGCUUAUUGUAGCUCACCGGGUUUAGGGUAACGUUUUGAACUGCUACGGUCUCUCCUUACCCAUUCACCCCUAAAGUCCCAUGUGAACAUUAGCAAAUCAAAGAUUGGGUGAGUCCAGUUUAGAUGUCUGGGGGUGAAGGAGGUAAGCAUGUAUCCCAAACACUUCCUGUUUGGCAUGUACUGUAUCUAUUUGUGGCCAAGGGGUGAUAUAAUGACAAUUGAAUAUUGUUAUUACAUGUGUUUGUAAUUUAUCAAAACUCUCUUUGAAGUUUUUUGGGUUAUUUUUUUUAAAUAUUUAUCUCCACAAUAAUAUGAAAACCCCAGAACUCUCCUGUGGCAUGUAUAAAAAUGUACAUCCAGGUGGGUCUAGGUGUGAUUUGGCCAUUAAAUGUUGAAUUUUGUAGGUUUUCUUUUUAAAAGUUUACUAUGUUUCGGACUAAAUUUACUUUAAAAUAAAACUUAAAACUUACUAAAAAAAACAUUGCAGGAUGAAAUGAUUUUUAACUCCCUAGGAAUGAAACCUAUGUUGAAAGGUCAAGAUGUAAAGUAAUGAUAAUUGAAUGAUGAAAUUAUUUGCAAUGUAACAACAUUUGUAUCAUGUUUUGGACUUAAAUUUCUUGCUGAAAAACUGACUGUCAGAAGUUUGUUUGGCUACUUUUUGAAUUGAUUCUAGUUCCACACACACCUGGUGAUUUAUACAGCAUUCAUUUUGAUUAAUUCACUUUUUCAAAUAAUCUGUUUUUCAAAUGAAAUGCAUCUUGAACUUCUUUUAAACAAAGUGCUUGGCUUACUGAACAUGUAUUUGAUUUAGAAGUAUAUCAUUGUGGUUAAUUGAGCAGUAAUGAAUUAGAAGUACCAGACUACCAGUACAUGCAAUAUAUACACACUGAAAUAUACAUGUGUUGUCAUUUUGCUAAGUGUUGCAGUUUUGAGAUUGUAGAGUCUGUAUUGAUUUUACCAACUUUGUGUAGUCACCUUAUUGCAAAGAUUACAGAAAUAACACUUUAUAUUUUUGUUUGUUGUACCUUAGAUUAUUGUUUCUCUAUGUGUGAACUAAAUGCUGGUGCCUUGUCCUAAUGUUAUACACUCUAAUGUACGUGUGUAUGUCCAGCUAUGAUGUUCCCUAAAAACAUCUAACGUACGUGUGUAUAUCCAGCUAUGAUGUUCCCUAAAACAUCUAACGUACGCGUGUAUGUCCAGCUAUGAUGUUCCCUAAAACAUCUAAUGUACGUGUGUAUGUCCAGCUUUGAUGCUCCC